AUGGCGCUUGAAGCCGAGACAACACGAGUCGUCGACCAGUUCGAGCUCUCUGAUGCCUACGUUAACCGUGCUGUCAAGGAGUUCCUCGGCCAGAUGCACGAUGGGCUUCAAAAGGAUGGAACCAGCAUGAGCCAGAUCCCGACGUAUGUCACUGGCGUGCCCAACGGCACCGAAAAGGGCCUCUACCUCGCCGUCGACCUUGGCGGAACCAACUUCCGCGUCUGCUCCGUCCAGCUUAAUGGCGACACCACGUUCAACCUCACCUACAGCAAAGUCGCGAUCCCCAAGGAGCUCAUGGUCGCCAAGACUGCCGAGGAGCUCUUUUCCUUCCUUGCCGAGCAAAUUGAACUCUUCCUGCGUGAGCACCACGCCGAGCACUUCGAGCAGCACGUGCGCCGCCGUCAAACCUACAGCGCCCCCGAGGGCUACCGCGACGAGCAUGUCUUCCGUCUAGGCUUCACUUUCAGCUUCCCCGUCCAGCAGCUUGGCAUCAACAAGGGUAACCUCAUCCGCUGGACCAAGGGCUUCGACAUCCCUGACGCCGUCGGCAAGGAUGUUUGUGCUCUGCUGCAGACCGAGAUCGACAAGCUGCACCUCCCCGUCCGAGUCGCCGCUCUCGUCAACGACACCGUCGGAACUCUUAUGGCGAGAUCCUACACCUCGACCGGCAAGUCGGGCUCCAUUCUCGGCGCAAUCUUCGGCACCGGCACCAACGGCGCUUAUCUUGAAAAGCUUUCCAACAUCAAGAAGCCAAUUGUCGGCGACUUCGAGACGUCCACCGGCGAGAUGGUCGUCAACACUGAGUGGGGCUCCUUCGACAACCAGCUCAAUGUGCUGCCCAACACUCCCUGGGACGACGCCCUCGACAAGGCCAGCGUCAACCCUGGCAUCCAAAUGUUCGAGAAGCGCGUCUCUGGCAUGUUCCUCGGCGAGAUCGUCCGCCUGACCAUCCUCGACAUGCUCAAGGACGAGAAGCUGUCGCUAUUCAAGGAUCAGAACUCGAGCUUUAACGACUGGAAGUCGACGACCGAUAUCAGCCCGAAGUCCAGCAUAUUCCAACAGUGGGGCCUCGACAGCGCCAUCAUGUCGGUUGCUGCCGCCGACAACACCCCCGAGCUGUCGACACUGAGACAGGAGCUCGAGUCAACUCUGAAUGUCUACACCCCCUCGCUUGAGGACGCGCAGGCUUUCAAGGCCGUUGCAGGCGCCGUCGGUCGCCGCGCUGCCCGCCUUUCCGCCGUUGCCAUCGGUGCCAUCGUCCUCCAGUCCGGCAAGCUUGACGACCCUGAGGAGGAGGUCAUCGACAUUGGCGUGGACGGCAGCUUGGUUGAACACUACCCCUUCUUCCGCGACAUGAUCUACGAGGCCCUGCGGGCAAUUGACGGCAUUGGCGCUAAGGGAGCUGAGAAGAUCCGCAUUGGCAUUGCAAAGGACGGCAGCGGAGUUGGCGCUGCGCUCAUCGCCCUUGUGGCAGCUGGCAUGGAGAAGGAAGGCGAUGUCUUGGCUGACUUUAGAGAAAACGUUAAGAAGGAGCUGGACUCACUCCCUGUACCUCGUAAGUUGCGACCUAUCAUCAUUGCUAAGAACAAGCACAACAUCGACUGUGACGAAGUUCCUGCCACUGUGCAUUAUAAGACUGUCGGCUAA